AUGCCGAUGAAAGGCCGGUUCCCCAUCAGGCGGACGUUGCAGUAUCUCAACCAGGGCGACGUCAUUUUCAAGAGUUCGGUGAAGGUGAUGACCGUGAACUACAACACGGCGGGGGGGCUGAGCGCGNUUUCCAGAAAGUUUGUGUUUUUCAACAUCCCCCAGAUCCAGUACAAGAACCCCUGGGUGCAGAUCAUGCUGUUCAGGAACAUGACCCCCUCGCCCUUCCUCCGCUUCUACCUGGACAAUGGAGAACAAGUUCUGGUUGACGUGGAAGAUAAAACCAACAAAGAGAUAAAUGAGCACAUAAAAAAAAUCUUGGGGAAAAGCAAAGAAACACUUGAAAAAGAGGAAAGAGAAAGGAAAAAACUAUCACAUCCAGGAACUUUUGGGCCCAAGAAAUAUCAUCUGCGAGAAUGUAUGUGUGAAAUUGAAGGCCAAGUUCCCUGCCCUGCUUUUGUGCCACUGCCCAAAGAGAUGAGGGGAAAAUUUAAAGCUGCUCUGAAAAGCGAAGCAUCAGCCUGACAUCUCAAGUCAUGCAGUUGUUUUUCCUGAGUGCUGGAUGAUCAAGGUACUUCAGUGAGAAGCAAGAGCUAACAGCUCCUAGAAACAGAACAAGCAAGUUCAUAUCAUACAGACAACCUUGUC